GCCGGGGACUCAGGAGCCGCAUCGCGGCUUCAGAAAAACACCGACCGUCCGCUCUGUUUACACCGCUUGGAAACCGUUUUUUUCUCAAAUGGGAGACAAACGGAGCCCGACGAGGCCGAAACGGCAAGCAAAACCCUCGUCCGACGACUCGCACUGGGACUGCAGCGUGUGCACGUUCAGGAACAGCGCCGAGGCGUUCAAGUGCAUGAUGUGCGAUGUCAGGAAGGGUACAUCCACUCGGUCACCUAGAUUUGCAGUUCUGGUGUUCAGUUUCCCACCCCCUUUUUCUUUUUUUUUUAACAGGAAACCUCGUCCUGUCUGCCAGCUGGUAGCACAGCAAGAAAAGCAGCAGUUUGCUUCGCCCACUCUACCUAAGAAAGAGAAGAAGGAGAGGACAGAAAAGGAAAAAAGUGAAUUCACACUGAAAAGGAAUAACCACAAGAAAAUGAGGCCCAGGUUAAAAAACGUGGACAGAAGCAGCGCUCAGCACCUGGAGGUGACUGUAGGAGACCUGACUGUUACCAUAACAGACUUCAAGGAGAAAAUCAAGACAUCGUCAAGCUCAUGUUCCACUGUCGCUUCAUCUGAGCAGCACAGCCUGAAUGGUUUGGGGACAGAGAACACAGAGAUGGGGUUCUCCCGGCCCUCCUCACCACACAGGGAGGAUUCAUCUCUUAAUGGGGAGACCCAUUAAAAAUCAUUCUGUAGCAGGCCCUUUUCCCCUUAUGUCCCAUGCAGCAUUCUCUUUGCACCCGACAGUACACAGCAGCAAGUGUGUAAAUGCCAAGACUUAACUAAUGAUGUAGACUAAACACUGAUCCAUUAACUAACCCUUACUUCCUCAUCUGGAGGAUUUAAAGCCUGGAACUUUCAGGAUCAUAUGCUUCUGUUUUUUUUUUUUUUUUUUUUUUUUUUUUUUUAAGAA